UGGACUAAAAGGAUCUCAUAACUUCUUUUUCAACACUCUGCUCCAGAGAAAGAUCAUGUGUCUUAUGAAGAUUAUCAAAUUCUGGAUUCUCAUUGUCACCUUUUGCAAAACCUAUCGUGGCCACACUGUGGGCCUUCAUCAGAAACCAGCUCUUGUCUCUGCUGUGCUUGGUGAAGCCGUUACGCUUAACUGCACUUUUGAAAAGCACAUGAGUGGAGAGCGAAUGCUCUGGUAUAAGCAAAAAUCUGGACGGACAUUUCAAGCGGUUGGAUUAAAAUUCUCACACACACAUACCAUAAUUCUUCCUGAGUUCAACAAAUCAGGAAUCAAAGUGGAAACAACUGAGACCAGCAUUUUACUCCAUAUUCCAAAUGUUUCUAAAGAAGAUGAAGGCAUGUACUUCUGUGGAAUUUAUCUAGUGGAUAUAAUGAAGUUUUCCACUGGGACCUUCUUGGUUGUGAGAGGCAAUCCAGGACUAACCAUAUCAGUGGUCCAAAGUCCAGUGUUGGGGAGGGUUUCCCCAGGAGAGUCAGUGUCUCUGCAGUGCACCGUCCUCUCUCAGAGGAGAACAGCAGAACUCCAAGUGCUCUGGUUCAGAGCUGCUGCAGGAGACACCCAUCCUGAAAUAAUUUACAUUCAUCACAACAGCAGCUAUCAGUGUGAGAUCAGCUCUUCUCCACACAGCUGUGUGUACAACCUCUCCAAGAGUCUCCUCAGCCUCUCUGAUACUGGCACUUACUACUGCGCUGUGGCCACCUGUGGCAAGAUCCUUUUUGGAAAUGGGACUACAAUAGAUUUGCCCAAGACUGUGAGUCCUGCAAUGAUCUGGCUGGGAGCAGCUUUGGGAGCUUGUGUAAUUGUGAUCUUUGCUCAAGCCAUUUUAAUUUGUAAAUGGAGGAGCUCUCGACCCAGCAGUGAGAAACAAGGAACUGCUACAGUGAGAAAAAUCAGUCAGGACCAUGAUAGUGUGGAGCUGAGUUAUGCUGCCCUGCGUUUUAACAAGAGGAAAACCGGAAGAAAUCACAGGGAGAAGGAAUGGCCUCAAGAGAGCAUGUACUCUGAAAUCAGAUGUCCCACUGUUACUGACCAAAGCUUGUUUGAUUAAAUCUCUUUGCCCUGCUGAUGAGCAUAAUUUACAAAUUUAGCAAGUACUGCCUUUACACAGCACCAGUUCUGCUUCACAGUGUGUAAAAUGUUUUAAUUUCUAUUUGGGAAAAUAUUGACUAGAAAUGUUUAAGUCUCAUGUAAUGUCCCCAUCCAUGUCUAUAAUUUGAUAAUUUGGUUAUUCAACAUGCAGACAUUGACAUGCAUAUGCAUUCCUUUAGUUUAUCAGCACAGGCUUUGCAAUCACAGUGUUCAGCACAAACUGACCGAGAGUCGGUGCUGGAUCCUUAAAUGUGAAGCUCUAUUUUAUGGUGGUGAGAUGAUGGUGAAGUGGUGACGUGACUGCUUACAGAUACCCAAGCUUUCAUUGAGACUGCCUAAGCUAACGAUGUGCUCUUAUUUGUGCUUCUGAUCAUUUUGUACACUAUACUGAAAAAUGAAUGUACAGAUAUAAGGGGUGAAUGACUGGUCCUAAGAAAUAUAGAUGUACUGUAGAGAGUCAAGAUUUGUUAUGAGUGGUUUCACAGUGAACCUCUCAUGUAGUAUCCUCUGAAGGAAUCUCAGGGUCCAGAAAUCUCUGUUAAUUUCUUUUCUGCUUGUAUGUUUUGUAGAUAUUUAUGAUAAUCUCAU